GGAUGAGCUCAGCGUAUGCACUUGGACGCCAUGACCAAAACCCUUAACUGUACAAAUUAAAAAGGUUUUUGUUUAUAAUGUGGUCAGCUUGUUUUGUAAUGUCACCACCAGAACAGUUAGAUGUGUUUCAAGCGCCGAUAUCGAGCGAUUGAAAAUCGUCUCUUCAUUUUUCCGAGAAUAUUAGGCUAUUAUUUGUGAUUACUAUUAAUAAAAGUAACCUAACGCAAGCUAUUUUUUUCCCAUUAAGUGGAUUCGCCCAGCUGUCGGGUUCCGCAAAUAUUUGUGUGUAGGGGACUGUGGCAAAUUCUGUGUGAGGACCUCUAGUGGAUGAAUAAGGAAACCACAAACUGUUGUAUGAAGAAUCUGUCUUUGGAUGUUGAGCUGUUACAAUAGAGCACCAGAGGUUGCCUUGACUAGCUCCUUAUGUCUGAAGACUCCAGCAGCGAUGGGGAAUGGUGUGUACCGACUGAAUGGCAGAUGAAUGGUGCAUGCUCAGAGGCCAAAUGUUGGGAGUGCGGCAAAAAGAUAAGCAACUUGGACAGCUUGAUGUUGCACUAUAAAAACCAUAAUAUCAAAGCCACCUGCCACAUCUGCAAGGUUACUUUCCGUCGCUUGACAUCUCUUUCCACACACUUGGAUAAUGCACACUCGCCCCCCCCUCUGCCAUGUGUGCCAUCGAUCUUUCAGUAAUGUGUGGGAGCUGAACAAGCAUGCAGAGAUAUGCUGCACAAACUCGGUUUCAUUUCAAGGCUGCUCACCUUUAAUAUAUAGAAGACAGAAAAGUGUUGACUUUUCUAAGGAAGUGACUGUUCAACCAAACACAGCCUCAGUUCUUUAUGAUUCUGCGAUGGAUUUAAAAUCAGAUCAAAACGGCGAAAUAAAGUUUGAAAUACCAGAGAUGUCUGAAAACAGCAUUGAAUACAUACUGGGUGAAGAUGAUAGGAACACCAGCAUGGAAAGUGAUUGUGAGAGAGAUGAUUAUUCAGAAUCUAGUGAUUCAUCUAACAGUUCAGACUCUGAGGCAGCCCCCACACCCAACACCAGUGACAGUGGUGUAACCUGUGAUAAGUGUGGUAGAGGGCCAUUUAGAGCCAUAAAGCUCCAUUUACUACACUGCAGUGGAGUGUGGUUAAAUAAGUAUCAGUGUAUUUUGUGCAAGAAGCUCUUUCCCACUGAGGCGGCUCUCAAGAAACACCACAUGCCUUUAAACUCCUGUGACAUCUGCUCUCAGGUUUUCACUAACGAGAACUCAUUCUACUCCCACCAGUGUCCCAAGGGAUUCAAAUUACCUUUGGUGCUUUUUUGCUCUGAAUCAAUGCCAAAGGCUUGUAACAUAUGCAAAUUAUUUUUUACCAGUGAGAAAAGUUUGUCAUUGCAUGUCACUAAGGUUCACUCAUCAGUGGUCAACACCAAAGUAUGCGUCAUUACUGAUCCAUCGCAGUUGACUGGUAAAACUGUUGUACAAGCUCUCUAUAGCACACAAGUCAAGACAGUCAUCGCUCCUCCGGGUAUUUUGAACCAGGCCAUUAAUGGAAAGCUCCGUGUUGGUCAGUACUAUGUAGCAUCUCUGCCUGGUGUUGUAAAAUCUAGCUCUUCAUCUCUGUCAGCCUCCUCUCAAUCUGGCAUGCCUCCUGUCCUGGCACACAUGGCGUCUACUGCUGCACAUGUCAACAAGCCUUCAAGCCAUCUCCCUACCCCUUCACCUGCUGCUCCUGCUGCCACAGACCCACCUCUAGAGACCCCAGACUCCAGCUCUUCAACGACACCCACCAUUAUGGCCUUGUUUGAGAAUCACAGCCAGUCCAUUGCUUUGAUGAAACGUAUGAACACAGGUUGGCGCGCCAAGACCCCUUGCCACUGCAGGCACUGCGGCGCCAUCUUCCGGCAGCAGUCCCUUGUCAUCAGCCACCGCUACCUCCACAGAGGUCGCCGCUUGCAUCAGUGCCAGUGCGGCCGAGCCUUUAAGCACAAGCUGCACCUGCUGCGACAUUGUGUUCAGCAUGCGGAGGCUACAAGCUACAUCUGCGUCAGCUGCGGUGACACUUUCACAGGAGCACAACUGUUAGCGCAGCACUUAAAGGGCAAAUCACAUAAAAACUCUACUUCUGGACGUACAAAAAAAGUCAAGAAGAGAUGCAGAAUGCCCUUUACGUGUGACUGUGGACAGCUGUUUUUUAGGCCUUCAGCAUACAUAUGGCACCAGCUUAAAAACCGUUGAAGAUUUUUAGAAAUUCUUAUCUAUGGAAUUCAAAAACCAAAUGCUACAUGACAAAUUUAGUUUACUUUUCACUUGGUAGUCACUACUUUUUAAAUCGUGUGUUAGCAAAUGAAAAAAAAUUAAAAACACAAACACAUUCAUUCAUAAUUCCUUUGAAUUAAGCAUGUACUGGUUUGGAUGGUCAUUAACUUGCGUUCAACAUGUGCAAAUAAUACAAAGUCAACAAAACAAAGAACAUAUCAAUAUAUCAGAGUACAAAUGAAUCCACAAGCAACUUUUUUUUUUUUUUUUUUUUAAUAUUGUAUGAUGUUAAAUAGCCUCAAAAUUCCAGUUCAUCCUAUAGAGAUAAAGUUAAGUCCAGUUUAGCAGUUUUUUACUUACAAAGUGCUUUCAUAUUGGAAAUAUGGGAGUUUAAAUUAUUUAUUUUUUAAUGCUGGUGGAUCAAGUAUUUCACUCCUUUGAGACUAUCUUGACAUUCAGGUU